AUGCCCUGCUUGAAUCCAGUUCCUGCCCCAGUCAGUACGUUGGAGCCAACCUUGGGAGACCGUUCCUCGUUGCACCGACCGACCUGGUGGUGCUUUGUCGACGAGCGGAAACCGUUACCACUGGAUUGCAAUAGGCAGACUAGCGGGCGUGCACACGCACACGCCUGCUGCACACUGUCGGGCAAACGCACAAACAUAUUCUCCGCGGUGAACAACUUCUUCGCUGAUUCGCCGCUGGUGAAUCAGCUAAAAGGCAUCAUGACAAGACAAGUGAGUGGCAGUGGUGAGCCCGGACCGCCCGAUGAUACGUCACAUCCAGAGACAAGAGGGCCGCCUUCGGUUGCCCUCAGCGCUUCCGAAAGCCAGCUGUCCCAGCGAUCGAAUUCACCGCCGCGAUCGCAGCCCCAGGUCAGCUUCCUGAAGCCAGCCGUGAACACCAACUUGGACAGGAAGGCGUCCAUAGUCGACGAGACCACCGGCAUCUCCCGAACCCAGAUGAAAGAGUUUCGCGAGGCGUUCCGCUUGUUCGACAAGGACGGCGACGGUACCAUCACCAAGGAAGAGUUGGGGCGUGUGAUGCGCAGCCUCGGGCAGUUCGCCAGGGUCGAGGAGUUGCACGACAUGCUGCAGGAGGUGGACAGCGACGGGGACGGGAACGUGAGCUUCGAGGAGUUCGUGAACAUCCUCUCGAAGUCGAUGUCGGCCGGCAGCGGCGGUGGCUGCGCUGAGCAGGAGGAGAGGGAGCUACGCGACGCAUUCCGCGUCUUCGACAAGCACAACCGCGGCUACAUAUGCGCCUCAGACCUUAGGGCCGUCUUGCAAUGUCUCGGGGAGGACCUUUCCGAGGAGGAAAUCGAAGACAUGAUAAAAGAAGUGGAUUCGGACGGGGACGGACGGAUAGACUUUUUGGAGUUCGUCCGAGCUCUCGGCGAACCGGAAGACGCUUGUGACGAUGAAGACGAGGACGACGCGGCCGAUGGCACCGAUGGCCUCACGCAACGGACUGUUACCGCCGUU